AGUCAAACAUAAAGCUUAGAAAACUGGAGAUCCUGUUCUAGAUUCAGUAAUUAUUUCAAACUGCAGAUUAAAGGUGAAUAGAAAUGGCAGAGGCUGUGGUCACCUUUGCAGUGGAAAGGUUGGGUGAUUUACUUAUUCAAGAAGCUAUCUUCUUGAAUGGUGUGAAUGAUGAAGUUCAGGGUAUUCAGAUUGAGCUCAGGCGUAUGCAAUGCUUUUUAAAAGAUGCAGAUUCAAGAAUGAAUGAGGAUGAGAGUGUGCGUAACUGGGUGUCGGAAAUCAGAGAUCUUGCUUAUGACGCAGAGGAUGUAAUCGAAAGCUUUGCUGUGAAAGUAGCUUCCAAGAGGAGAGAAGGUUUCGUUAAUAUACUCAAAAGGUUUGUUUGCAUCCUGAAAGAAGGAUUAGAACUGCACAAAAUCGGACGUAGGAUUCAAGAUCUUACUGCCAAGAUUUCAAACCUCACCAGAAGCUUGGAAACUUAUGGCGUAAGAGAUAUGAAAAAUUCGGAAACCUCAACCAGUGCAUACCAGAGGCAACGCCAACUAAGAUGGUCUUACUCGCAUGUAGCUGAAAAACAUAUAAUUAGGCGAGGAGAAAUCAAUAAACAGUUGGUGGAACAUUUAGUGGAAGCGAAAAGUUCCUGCCGAGUUGUUUCUAUAUGGGGUAUGGGUGGUUUGGGGAAGACCACACUUGCUAAGGAAAUGUAUCAUUAUAGUAAAGUUCGGAGUAAUUUUGAUUGCUUCGCUUGGUCAUGUAUAUCGCAGAAUUGUCAACCAAGAGAUGUGUGGGAAGGAAUUCUGAUUAAACUCAUUUCUCCAUCUUUAGAGCAGAGGGAGGAAAUUCUAAAACUAAGGGAUGAAGAGGUAGCGCAAAAGCUAUAUCAGAUUCAACAAGAGAGGAAAUGUUUGGUGGUUCUUGAUGACAUCUGGAGCAUUCAAGAUUGGGAUAGGCUUAAGGCUGCCUUUCCAGUUCAAGAGAUGCAUAGUAAAAUUUUGCUCACAACUCGUAAAAGAGAAGUAGCCUUGCAUGUAGAUCCAACGGGGUUCUUUUGUGAACCACAAUGUCUAAAUGGUGAAGAGAGUUGGGAUCUACUUCAAAGGAUAGCCAUACCUCAAAAAGAAGCUACGGACUCCGCCAAUAAUAGAAUGGAAGAGCUAGGGAAGAAAAUGGUUGCACGUUGCGCUGGUUUGCCUUUGGGUAUCACUGUGCUAGGAGGGCUUUUGGCUACAUAAUUUACAGUUCAUGAGUGGCAAACUGUGCAUGACAAUAUUAAAUCAUACAUGAGAAGAGGCAAAGUUAACGGGCAAGAACAGUUUGGAGUUCUGGAUGUCCUAGCUUUAAGUUAUGAUGAUUUAACAGCUCGGUUGAAGCCAUGCUUUUUGUACUUGGGUAACUUUCCAGAAGAUUAUGAGAUACCUGUGGUCAAAUUGAUACAAAUGUGGAUGGCAGAAGGAUUUAUCCCUUUGGUACCGUUUGAAGAUGACGGUGAGGAGUCGAUGGAGGAAAUAGCUGAACGGUACUUGCACGAGCUGGUCGAGAGGUGUAUGAUUCAAGUGGGAGAAACAGAUUCAAAUUCUAAAAUGACAACUUGUCGCAUGCAUGAUCUUAUGAGAGAUCUAUGCUUGCAGAAAGCAAAGCAGGAGAAUUUCCUCGACAUUAUUAAUUACUCGCACAACAACGAUAUCUCUCCAAGUUCUACAGUUCGAAGGCUUGCCGUAUAUCUGAACAGAGAUAAGCUUGAAAUUGAUCUUCAAAAUUCCAUCAGAAACCAUCACAUGCUGAGGUCUCUUUUAUACUUCUAUGACUCUGGAAAUGGAUAUUGGCAGAUCUGGAAAUUAAUUGCAGCAACAUUUGACAAUUUAAAACUGCUUCGAGUAUUGGAUCUUGAGGGAGUUAAUAUUAAUGGAGGGAAGUUGCCAAAAGACAUUGGUGAUCCCAUCCACUUGAGAUUCUUGAGUUUACGGAAUUCAAAGGUGUUACACCUGCCGUCAAGUAUUGGUAAGUUAAGGAGACUGCAAACACUAGAUUUAUGUACAGGCGGUGGAUAUAUGUAUGUACCCGACAAGAUCUUCAACUUGGAACAACUCAAACAUCUAUAUCUCCCUUAUUGUUAUUCUACAGGAACGGAGUUGGCUAGCCAGAGACACCUGAGAACAGUUAUAAAUCUGAGAGUAAAUAGCUACAAUAUAAAUAAUCUUGCAAAUAUGAUCAAUGUUAGGGAGUUGGGCAUCAGAGUCUCUUCUGACGGUUUCACUUCAUUAGAAACAUUUAAACUGCCAAAUGGUUCACUAAAACAUCUUCAAUCUCUGUCCAUAGCUGUUACUUACAGUGACAAAAAAUUAGAUAUAAGGUUAUUCUUGUCAUCUUUUGUCAAUAUUCAUGAGUUGAAGUUAGAUAUGGGGUUGAUAAAGAUUCCAGAUUAUCAAGAAUUCCCUCGAAACAUCUCCCAUUUACGUUUACAGAAUUGUCGACUAGCAGAAGACCCAAUGCCAACUUUAGGAAAGCUGCCUAACUUGAAGGUCCUUCACAUAUGUCCUCAAGUGUUCAUGGGAGAGGAAAUGAUUUGCUCUAAGGAAGAUUUUCCUGUACUGCAUACACUUUUACUUGAAGGGCAGUCAAACUUUGAGGUAUGGAGGGUAGAAGAAGGAGCUAUGCCUAAUCUAUGUCGGUUGACCAUUUCAACAUGCUGGUGUUUAAAGUCAUAUCCUGAUGGAUUGAGGUUUGUCAAAUCUCUUCGAGAACUAAAGAUCAUUUCAAUGGCGACGAUGUUCAAAUUCAAGAUGAUAGAAGGAGGAGAAGACUUCUACAAAGUCCAACACGUGCCCUUGGUCGAAUUUCUACGUUCUACUUCAAAUAUGAUAAUGGUUUUUAAAUUGGAUUUGCCUGACGAUUCAAGUAAAAGCAAAGCCAUCGGGGCAGUCGGGCACCUUUCAGGUGUUAAAACAAUUUCUGUUGAUAUGCAACUACAACAACUGACUGUAACGGGGCACAUAGAUCCGGAAGAUGUAGUGAUGGUGGUCAGAAAACACUGUUGUAUAGAACCUACUGAUAUAAGGUGGACAAUUUAGAAGAGCUCGAGACGUAAGUUCCUCUUUUAGUUGCUGUGAUUUUCGUUAGUUUGGGUCAUUUGCCGAUGGCAGUUAGUUUGAGACAUAUAAUAGCAGGGCGUGCAGGUAUACUCGAGGCGAGUCGAAUGGAAACACUGUCAGUCACUUCUGAGCUCGACUGCACUGUCCCCUUUGGAACCUUGAAAUUAUGCGGAAUUCAUUUGCAAUUCUAAAUUUUUUGUGUUUAGAAUAACGAAUGCAUUAAUACUGUUCUUGGAAUUGAAAUUCUGAAUUUGUGUUUAAUUGUAACUUGAGGAAUUGCAAAUCCAACUAAAAAAUAGGUGGAAUUUGCAAAUGAAUUCUAAAAACUUAGAAUGUUUUUCUGGAGUGUUUUACAUGACAGUUUGCUGACGAAUGUGGAAAGAGUAAUCCGUCAUAUCGGGACGGAUACAAUUCAUCAGCGCUGCAAGCAACGGGCAGAGGAUGAGGAGCAUGUGCUAAGGAGCUGUUGGGUAGUUAAACAACUUUGGAAUAGGGUCAUUCACCCCAAUUACCAUCAGCAGUUCUAUACUAUGGCUUUUCAUGAAUGGGAUGUUGAGAAUUGGAAUAUCUUCUUUGGUGUUGCUAUCUGGUGUAUUUGGAAUUGGCGGAAUCAUUUUGUUUUUGAAGGCAAAAGUCAAUCGAUUGACCAAAUUAUCCGAGAUAUUAAGAGGCGAGUUGAUUAUAUUACGAAAGCUUUAAACGACCAAGCUAAUACUCACUUAAUGCAGCAAGCUUAUCAUGAAGCUCAAAUCAGGUGGCAUCAAAACUGGGUUAAAAUAAGUAGGGAUGGAGCUUUCAAUUCGGUUUCAGGGAUUGCUAAAGCUGGUGGUUUAGCUAGGGAUGAAAAUGGUCUCUGGCUUGGUAGCUUUACUGCUAAUCUAGGUCGGGAUCAGUCCUUGGCGCAGAAUUGCAAGGUGUUUGGUUUGGCUUGCUAAUGGCUUGGAAUUUGGGGGCUAAGAAAGUAGCGGUGGAAGUCGACAAUAAAUGAAAUAAACUAAAAGAAAAGAAACUAUCAAAAUAGAAAUAAUGUUCCAAUUAUGUUUUUUUAGUUUCUAGCAAUUUUCGUAGUCAUUCCAAGAAAGGGUUUUGGAUGAA